CGCGCGCCAACGGCCACUCGCUCGCUCGUCGCUCACCGUGCCAGUGGCUCACCGCCCACACACGCGCGCGCGCCCCCGGGCCAGUCCUCGACUAGGUACGCCGUGCACCCGCGUCCGUCCCCAUGGCGAUGGCCGUCACGCUCCCGCGCGCGCCGCUGAUCACUCCCCGCGCGUCAACCUCCGGCCGGCGCGUGCCUGUCUCGGCCGCGCACGCCUCUCUCCCGCGCGUAAGUCGCGUCGGUCGCCUCUCCCUGACCGUCUCCGCUGCGGCGGAGGCUUCCCCCGGUUCGCCUCCCGACGCCGCCGGCGCUCUCGCGUGGGACGCCCUCGGCGGCGUCUCCGUGCUCGCCGCGGGCACCGGUGACGCCGUCCCGCUCAGGGAUCUGUGGGACCCCACCGAGGGGGUGGCCGUGGUGGCGCUGCUGAGGCAUUUCGGAUGCUUCUGCUGCUGGGAGCUGGCCUCUGUUCUGAAGGAUUCCAUGGCGAAGUUCGAUUCGGCCGGGGCUAAGCUGAUCGCCAUUGGCGUCGGCACUCCAGAUAAAGCUCGCAUUCUCGCCGAUCGGCUGCCGUUUCCUUUGGACUCCUUGUACGCAGACCCCGAACGCAAGGCUUACAAUGUCCUGGGUCUGUACCACGGUUUAGGUCGGACGCUUUUCAGUCCAGCUAGUGCAAAAAUAUACUCGAGGCUCGACUCGAUCAAGAAGGCGACGAAGAACUACACGUUGGAAGGCACCCCGGCUGACCUGACCGGUGUCCUGCAGCAGGGUGGGAUGUUCGUCUUCAGAGGGAAAGAGUUGAUGUACGCCUGGAGGGACGAAGGCACAGGCGAUCAUGCUCAUCUGGACGACGUGCUCAGCGCCUGCUGCAAAGUCCCGGUUGUUUGACAUUUUUCAUCAGCUGGAUAUGUAACAACUAGCAAUGUGACCCGUGCAAAUAAAACGGCUAGACUCGCUACCAUAUUUAUUUUUCACGGUUCUUUGA